AUGUUCGCCUUCUUCAGGGCCAUCCUCGUGAUCCUCACCCUCGGGACCCUCCUCCUCUCCAUAUUUGCAAUCACAGGCUCAUACGCCAACAAGUCAUACCUCACCCAGGCAUACUUGAUCGACUUCCAGCUCAACCAGCUCAACCUUUCGGCCAUUCUCGAUGCCACCAAGUUCCUGAACUCCAAACUUGCCUCCCCCACGUCUCUCGACACCAGAAGCACCAUCUCAGACAUUGGCGAUGCCAUCUCGCUGGGCAUCAACCAGAUCGGCAGCGACGUGGGUGCUGCCAGCACGGGCUCUCCCAGCUCUGGUAACUCCAUCGGCAGCGACGUCAACGGCUAUUUCACCACCGUGGAGGCAGUCAUCAACGACAUCAUCAACUCGUUGGACUACCAGGACUUGGGGUUUGCUGACGUGUACACCAUCGGAUACUGGGGCUAUUGUAAGGGCUCUUUGACCUCCAAUGCCACCUACGACCAGCAUCUCCGCAAGUACUUCAAACCGUUCAACAACGACAAGAUCAACAUCACCUGGUGCUCCAAGCCCAAGGCUGCCUACGCGUUCGACCCGCUCGAACUCGUCAAGACCGAGUUGAACAACACCAUCACGUCCAGGCUCACGGCUGGCGACGUGCCCAAGACCAUCUCGGUCACCGUGCAGAGCGAGCUCGAAGUCUUGCUCAAGUACAUCACAUACGACACCUUGAACUUGCCAGGCAGCAUCCAGUCGGAUCUCACCACUCUCCACAACGUCACUAAGGCGUCGUUCGGCAUUCUCUUAGCGGUGAUCGUGUUGGCGUUCAUCUCGUACGUGAUCCAGGUCGUGGCAUUCUUCUUGUCGCCUCACUCGUGCUGUCUUUCGUUCUUGAACUUCCUCUUUGAAGGUGCCAUCUUCUUGUUGGGAGUGGUGGCUGCUGCCUUGGCUACUGGAGCCUACCUUUUCGUGAGGAACGAAGUCAACAAGGCAACCAACCAGUACGGAGUCAAGUCGUACUUGUCCACCAACUUCUACGCAUACAUCUGGUCUGCCGCCGUAGCGUCGUUAUUGGUGGUUAUCUUCAGUUUUUCAGAGUCUCCAUCUGCCUUUUCCAUCAGUUCAUCUUAA